AUGUGAAGCUAACGGGAUUUCAAUGGAUCAGUUCUAUGAAUUUGCGUACUCAGUUGUAAGACGUGCUGCGCGAUUCCUGACAGCUCCGAAUGGGGAUCACGAUCAGGAUGGCGUUGACGGUGCGCUAACGCAGAUCGAUUAUUUACUUGGAUACACGCGAAACAUUUGCGAAAAUUAUCCGGAAGAACAGACGGUGCAAGCUCAAGAGUUAUUCGAUGUGUUGGUACACUGUGCUAACGAUUUACGGGGGUUACUUCAAGAAGAUGAGGAUGGAACGAGGUCUGUUUUUUCGAUCAAUUUGGACACUAAUUCGUACGGGAAAAUAUCGAUCCCAGAGGAUGAUUUGGCUCAUCUACGACUGGAAGGAUUCACUGUUAACGAUAUUGCUGGGUUUUAUGGAGUAUCGCGUAGGACACUUACUUACAGAUUGGCAGCAGCUAACCUGAAUCAAAAAUUUGUAGACAUUACGGAUACUGAUUUGGAUUUGGUGAUUGCGGAUAUUUUGAAUUCAUUCCCGAAUGUCGGUUGUCGCUACGUUCACGGCCAGCUGAAAACGGGCGGAUUGAUGGUGCAACGCAGACGAAUUCUGGCUUCUUUGAAACGACUUGAUCCAUACGGAGUAGCCAACCGAUUUUUUCAUUUUGUUCCGCGACGCGUGUACUCCAAUGCUGGACCGAAUGCUUUGUGGCACAUUGAUGGGAAUCAUAAGUUAGUGCGAUGGGGAUUCGUCAUUCAUGGUAUUGUCGACGGAUAUUCGCGAUCGGUUAUUUCGCUUGUCGUUGCCACUAACAAUCGCGCUAGCACGGUGCUGCAAGCAUUCUUGGCUGGCGCUGAAGCGUGGGGUGUACCGUCCUGAGUGAGAAGCGAUUGUGGUGGGGAAAAUUUUGGAGUAGCACGUUGGAUGGAGCAUUACAUGGGAGAAAAUCGCGCAAGUAUCAUUAUGGGACCGUCGGUUCAUAAUCAGCGGAUAGAACGGCUGUGGAGGGAUUUAGGCCGCGUUGUGAUUAAGCUGUUCCGAGCCGUUAAUUAGUGGCGACGGAGUGUUGCGUGACAGGGUCCUGCUUCUCCGCACUGUCAUCACCGGGCCCCAGACCGGCCUGGCGUGCCUCCUUCCGACUGAGCAGCUGCAUUUUGGGCGGCAGUGGCGAAAGAAACGAAAUCUUUUCGAUCCAUUUGCGCAUUCUCUGCUCGUCAUCCGCUGCAAAUAAAUAUUCGGAUCCAUCGCACAAAUGCAGACGGAAGAGUGGAAGACAAAGUCUUUCUUUUAAUCAUAUGCCUCAAAGAUACGCAUAAUGUAUCAGCAAUACUGCCUUUUGGGAAAAUGUCACGAUAGAAACCCACCUGACCGAUUAUGCAUUCGUAUAGAGAUUAAGCGGCGGCAACGCUGCGUUGCGAUCGUAAGACAGCUGCUUUUUCCUGAAGAAACACAGCAGCUGUCUGCAUAACAUGGUGUGGAAGGUCUUCCUCGAUCGGGAUGAUGACUUAUGACCACCUGACUCCAGUUCCUGCUUCCGAUUU